UUCCCUCCUUAACUUUAUCAUACCUUAUAUUAUAUAUACAUAUUACAUGCAACAACCAAAGAUUGCUUCCUCUUUACAGCUUAUGUUUAUAGCACUUCUCUUCGUUGAGAAACUACUUAUAUUAUUCUCAUCCCAAACUCUCCAAUAGAAAACAACAAGGAAGAACAAGUAUACAAAAUCUAUUGAAGGAGUAGCUAUGAAAAUUUCUUGCUGCUUCCUGUUUUGUCUCCUUAUUUUUUCAGGUACAAGCAUUGCGGGCAAACCUUCCAGAGAAGCCAUCAGAAAAAGCAAAAAACUAGCAUUCCAAGAGGAGGACAUUGCCAUUUCACCUUCCAUGUUCUCUACCCAGCAAGAUGUUCCCAUUAUUAAUCCAACAACCCCCGGUACAACAAAUCCAAACCCGAAUCCUAAUCCGAACCCCCCCACGAUGGAUAUCCCCCCGCCAUCUACCACAGACCCAUUCACAAACCCUGGCCCAUUCACGAAUCCUAACCCUAGCCCAAACCCAAACCCAAACCCGCCCAUGAAUCCUAACCCAAAUCCAAACCCGAAUACGAAUCCAAAUCCAAACCCAAACCCAAGCCCGACCAACAAUCCGGGGCCAUCUACUGGAUCUUGGUGUAUAGCCAGCCCCAGUGCUUCACCAACUGCUUUGCAAGUAGCACUGGACUAUGCUUGUGGCUUUGGAGGUGCAGAUUGUGCAACUAUUCAAUCUGGUGCAAGCUGCUAUGAGCCAAACACACUUAAAGACCAUGCUUCCUAUGCUUUCAAUGACUACUACCAAAAGAAUCCAGUUCCCACAAGCUGUGACUUUGGGGGAACAGCAAAACUUACUAAUACUGACCCAAGCUCUGGGAGCUGUCACUAUGCAUCAUCAAAAACAACCCCUACUACACCCCCUGCACAGCCACCUCCCACCCUGCCACCUCCAAGUCCUAGCACAAUGACGCCGGUAAAUCCAUACACCCCAGUUGGACAGAAUGGUUCUGGUUCAGAACCAACAGAUUAUGGUUUAGAGCCAACAGGUAGUCCCAAUGGAGCAGAUAACUCAUCAAGCAACAUCCAGUUACUCUUCUCCAUGGCUUCUUUCAUGGUGGCAAUUGCAAUAACUCAUUUCUGAACAGAUUGGGCAAGACAUUGUUCACUGGGGCUGCAGGAAGACACUAGUUGUCUCCAUACUUCCAUUGAUUCUAAAGAGGCCGAAUCAUCAUGAGAUGUGAAAAUCCUCAUGGCCUUCAAGUCUUCAACACAUUAAACUUGCUAUAAUUCAUCCAUUUAUGGCUUUUAGUCCAAGUAGGAAGCCAGUACUUAGUGAAGAACAACAUCUUAAUGUAGCCAAUUCUCUAUUAAAAUAUUUCUGCAGUUAAUAAAUAUUUUAGACACAAUAUCUCGUUUUAGGAUCAUUUCAAUGAAGAGUUAUGUACAAAAUUCGGGAACCGACCCAUUGACAGGAACUAAUAAGAUCUACCAUUUGUCGUCCAAAUAACGGCAUAUGAAGUGUGCUACUCCUCAUAUACAGAGAACACAGCAGCACACCACUAAAUUGCAAAAGCACAACUAAUUUUGAAGAAUCAAUUGAAACUCUAACCUCUUUUUGUUUUUGCUUUUUUCUUCCUCGCACCAGUUACUACUUAUUUUAAGUACAUUAUCAGAAACAAAUGGGGCAAGAUAGAUGGCUCUCUUUAUACAGCUACAUUAGAGACAUAAUAAAAUUGAGUUAGAAUAUUUUGGACUACUUCAGAAGAAUGUUAACUCGUCUUAGAAUUCAACAGUUUGUUAAAAUGGGAAGACCUCAAUAGAGAAAACAUGCCCUGCAAGCCACUUCACUCUUCAAGAAAGAUGAACGUAUAAAAUGUAUGUCCAAGUCCUGCAUGGCAGUGGUGCCGAGUGCCGACACUAUGCUUAUACAAGAAGCAGUCAGUCCCUCUUUACAACUUUAGCCUUUUACGUUUUGAGUAGAAUCUGAAAGGAGGGUUCUUUGUCCCAUGGAGGAACCAUUGGAACUCGCAAACUCAUUCCAUGCAAUGUGAGCCCAAAGAAGACACUUUUCUUUUUUCUAGGUCAACGGUAAAACCCAAAAUAAGAAGCAUUUUGUUUCGUCGAUAAGUAUCCAAAAUGUUACCCGAGGUACAGAAUUUAAUGGGAUACAAAUGAAAGCUUGUUCACAGUGAUCAUUUAAUUUAUUCCUGCAUGAAUACAUUUAACCUAAUUUGUCCCACAUACUUGA